GUCACCAUUAUUAGUGUGAACAGACUUUUUCAGCACGUUUAUGGCAUCUCUCGCCUUCAAUUUAUAAAUAUUUUCAGUCUUUCAUUUUCAAAUCUCUAAGUGGGCUCGACUAUUUUCAUUGCGGCUAGCAAAUUCGGAUUCGAAAACCUCCGUAUAUUAUAAACCCGUUUGAAAAAAGUUGUAGUUUUCAACUCAAAAGUCAUCUGUUUUUGUCAAUUUCUGCCGCCCGCCGGAGAUAAUUACGUACUAUGUUUCCUUCAAGGCCAAUGUUCUCUGAUGACACGCCGGAGAUGGUGACGGCUCUGACGCAAGCGAUGUCGGAUCAUAGUUAUUGUUCGGGUAAUUGGGGUACUUAUAAUAACUACAACCCGGAAAUGAGUGGUGGGUAUUCUUCGCCGGCGCCGUCUUACGGCGGCGAAUCGAUGGCUCCUGUUUAUUCGUCGUCUAGCUCUGGUUCUGAAAUCAUUCAUAAUAGGGUUUAUGGAGGAGGGUUUAAUAAUGAAUUCAAAAGCCCUUUUCUUCAGCCGGAGCUAGAAAUACCAACACCGGCAACAACAACAAUGGCGGUUUCAACUAGACAGAUGAACGUCUCCGGCGAAGAAAAAGGGGAGACGAGAAAGAAAUACAGAGGAGUAAGACAACGGCCAUGGGGGAAAUGGGCGGCGGAGAUUCGCGAUCCACAUAAGGCGGCGAGAGUUUGGCUGGGCACGUUUGAAACGGCGGAGGCAGCCGCCAGAGCUUAUGACGACGCCGCCCUGAAAUUCAGGGGAAGUAGAGCAAAACUGAAUUUCCCUGAAAGAGUAGGUUCGGGUGCUAUCUCGCCGGCGCAGCCGUCUCGGGCUAAUACCCAGUUGUCUGUUUCUGCUGCUACGCCGGCGACCCGUUCGACGGAGGCGCCGGCACGAUCGUCGGCGUUCAGGACGGCGGAAGCGAGUAGGGAUUAUUGGGAGUAUUCUCAGUUGUUGCAGAAUACAGGGGACUUUUAUGGAAGUGGAUUGUUAGGGCAAAUGUUAUCUUCUUCGUCUUCUUCAAUGGCUUCAACUUAUUCAUUCUCUCAACAGAGGCCGGCGGCGUGGGGCGGUUCUGAUGAGUUUCCGUUAUCGCCAUGGGAUAGUUCUUCAACCGACUUUCCUCCCUCUUCAAGUUAAUUUGAAUGGAUUUGUUUUUUUUUAUAAUAUAUAUAAGUUUAUUUGUUUGUGUUUUAUUAUUUUCUAAGCUUUCAUGUAAUCUCAAAUUCAAUAAUAAGGUGCAGUGUGAUACAAUAAUUUGG